CACGAGGUAAAAGGACGUUUAUUAAUCAAAAAGUAAGCUUCGAACAUUCUACUGGGAAUCGCGCCGAGCUAUUAGGCACACCGAUGAACGAGAGAUCCAACGCAGGUGACUUCAACUCCUUCCUGGAGCUCCAAAAUGGCGCGGCGAAGAUCGCGAAGCAGUGGUUUGAGAAGGCGAGCGCACUGUCAACAGAGAAUCAUGACCUGAAAAAGCAAAUCCAAAGUUUGCGACAAAGGAUUGGCGACGACUCAGAAAUGGAUCAUCGUUGUUACCAGAGCAGUUCUGAGGACAUUACAAGUAGAAACAAGCGAAGUGAUGUUGUAAAAAAGUUCAAAAGAAUAGAUGGUGCUCCACGCAGACAAGCGAUCGAGGCAUUCGGAAAACCGGAUAACAGGAGUGACCUCUGGUACAGAAAGGAUGUGACAUGCCGUAUAUUUGUGGUGGCACAUGAUGUUGCAAAAUCCACAAAAUCUGCAUUCGCCCAAAGUGUUUUGCCGAAAUUUUUCCAAUGUGCACCAUCCUUAGGAGUUAUUCACCAAACGAAAGGAUCUAAUUCCCCAGAGGCAUCAGAGCUUUUUGAGAAGGGUAUGCAGGAAUCUAUCUCAAGGGAAAUGGACUCCCUAUUUUUAGGGGAGUCCUUCCAAGUCGCUUGCUCUUCUGUACUUAAGGAAAUGGCAGUCAGCUGUGACUUAACAGCUCUGGAAGAGAAAACGGUUACAGAGUUGAAGAAAUUUCGUGAUCAGUGGAGAAAAGAAGAUCCUUUGCUGCCUUAUUUAGACGACAAUAUUUUAUUAAAAAUGAAGAAUUUCAUCGCAGAAUGCGUACAAAUUUCCUGGAGAAUGGUAAACCAGCUUCCACCAAUAAAGAUUACACAAGCAAAUAAAGUGCAUGGCGAGAGAUUUGAGGAAUUCUUUGAAAUGGAGGAAGAAGAGGUUACAGAGAGGGCGUCAACCGUUACCAUUUGUGUCUGGCCGGCUCUAACUGACUCCGAGGGCGACGAGGUGCUUGCCAAAGGAAAGGCGGCUAUAAUUCCAAGAUCCCAAACACAUACGUUCGUUUGAAGUCAUGGACUCCUUCUUUCUUUUUUAGCACACCAGUUAUUAAGAUCAUCUUCGCUAAUGGCCAAGUUUUAAGUGAUCUCAUGAGCUUUCGGAGCAGCUUAUAUAGUUAACUUCCAAAGGCAUGUGAAAUCGAUUUAAAUUGUAGUAUUCGAUGCAUUAACUCGAUUGAGUUGCACGCUCAACCGAGGCAAAAACUGAUAGGCUACCACCAUAAGCGUAGGUAAAAUGAGAAGUAAUAAUAAAUAUGUAACUGUCUAAAGAUAGAAAACAAUGACAAACAUCUUUUCGCGACUGCAAAUCUCUCAGUUAGAGGGAAACCUCAUUAUUUCUUACGUAGGAAAGGUUCAGGGCUUAGUUUAUGUCUUUGUAGUAGACCGGCAAUGGGAAAUCGCAAGUUGCCAAAUCGUAAGAAAAAGAAUUAGACUUUAUUCCUAUUGAAAAGGAUCCUUAAAAACCGUCGCAUGGAUGACAAUGGAGGUCAGCGUGAAGUAAGCCAUACUGUUUUAAUU